AUGGCCUCACUGCAUUUGAAAUUUGCAAUGAUCUUCGUAUUUCAGAUAGUCAUUGGAAUCCUGGGGAAUUUCUCACUCUUACAUCAUUACAUAUCCCUUUACUUCAGUGGAUACAGGUCAAAGUCAACAGAUUUGAUUCUCAGGCACCUGACUUUAACCAUUUUGGUCAUUCUCUCAAGAGGAAUCCCAGAGACAAUGGCAGCUUUUGGGUUGCAACAUUUUUUCAAUGAUUUUGGAUGCAAACUUGUUUUCUAUGUUCACCGAGUAGCCAGGGGUGUGUCCAUUGACACCACCUGCCUCUUGAGUGUCUUCCAGGUGAUCACGAUCAGUCCCUGGAACUCCAGGUCGGCAUUGCUUAAAGUGAAAGCUCCCAAAUACAUUGGCCUCUCAAAUGUCUUCUGCUGGAUCCUAAACAUAAUACUAAAUAUUAUGACUCUUGUGUAUGUGACUGACAAAUGGAACAACAAAAACAUCUCAAAAACUAUAGACAUUGGAUACUGUAUUACUGAACUUCAUGACAAAGACAUAGAGAUACUAUAUACAAUAUUUAUAUCCUUCCAUGAUGUUUUGUGUUUGGGACUCAUGACUUGGGCCAGUGGGUCCAUUGUUUCCAUUCUGUACAGACACAAGCAGCAGGUCCAACACAUUCGUAGGACCAAAAUGUCCUUCAGGUCCUCCCCUGAGAUUAGAGCUACCCAAAGCAUCCUUGUCCUGGUGAGCACCUUUGUCUCUUCCAUUACUUACGUUUAUUUUUUUAUUUUUCAUAACACCACUUGGUGGCUGGUGAACACCUCUGCCUUAAUCAACACAUGUUUUCCUACUGCCAGCCCCUUUGUUCUCUUGAGUCAUGACCACUGUGUAUCCAAAUUCUUCUUUGUGUGCACUGGAAGAAAUACACAGUUCCCUCAUCUCAUCAGAAAAGUAUAA